UCUCCACUCCUCUCCCUCCAGAGUGACUCCUCUUCUCAGUCUCGGCCUAUCUUCGGCAGCAGCAGCCCCGCAGCCCCAGCAGCUCCGGCGCAGCCUGCAGCCCGACACAGCCGCCGCCGAGUGUCCCAGCCCGGCAUGUCCUCCUCCGCAGGCCGGGGACACCCACACACGCUUCACUGAGGGCCGGAGAGCCGCUGGCAGGCGGGAGGAACAGGAAAACACACCGUAACGUUUCUGGGUCGGAGGCUAGCUAGCUCUGAGGCUAGCGCAGGGUUAGCCGAGCAGCUAGCGGGGUGACGGCUCGCUCCGAUCCGCGGACACAGGAGCCGAACAUGGCCGAGGGAAGCGACAGCAAAAGCGCGGAGGACAGGGCAGCGAGCCGGAGGCAGAGCGAAGCCAACAGGAAGUUGAAGUACAUCAGCCUGGCGGUGCUGGUGGUCCAGAAUGCGUCGCUCAUCCUCAGCAUCCGCUACGUGCGCACGUUGCCCGGCGACCGUUUCUACACGACGUCCGCCGUCGUCAUGGCGGAGAUCCUGAAGGUGCUGACGUGCCUGCUGAUCAUCCUGCUGCAGAAGAGAUGUAAUGUGAAGGAGACCCUGUUCUUCCUCUUGGACUCCAUAGUGUUUCAGUAUAAAGACACUCUGAAGCUGGCGGUUCCCUCUCUGAUCUACACUCUGCAGAACAACCUGCAGUACGUCGCCAUCUCCAACCUGCCCGCCGCCACCUUCCAGGUGACGUACCAGCUGAAGAUCCUGACCACGGCUCUGUUCAGCGUGCUCAUGCUCAGGAAGUCUCUGUCCCGCGUGCAGUGGGUCUCCCUGCUGCUGCUGUUCGCCGGAGUCGCCGUCGUGCAGGUGCAGCAGGAGGGGAACAAGGAGGCGUCGGUCUCCAACAGUGCCAAUCAGAACUACAUGGUGGGCCUGGUUGCCGUGGUGAUCAGCUGCCUGUCGUCGGGCUUCGCCGGCGUUUACUUUGAGAAGAUCCUGAAGGGAAGCUCCGCCUCCGUGUGGGUGCGCAACGUGCAGCUGGGCGUGUUCGGCACGGCGCUCGGCACGCUGGGCCUGUGGUGGAACGACGGCGCCGCCAUCGCCGAGCGCGGCUUCCUGUUCGGCUACACGCCCAUGGUGUGGUGCGUCAUCUUCAACCAGGCGUUCGGCGGGCUGCUGGUGGCCGUGGUCGUCAAGUACGCCGACAACAUCCUGAAGGGCUUCGCCACCUCCUUCUCCAUCAUCGUGUCCACCAUCAUGUCCAUCUACCUGUUCGCCUUUCACGUCGACCUCCUCUUCACGGCGGGGGCGGGGCUUGUCAUCGGCGCCGUCUACAUGUACAGCCUGCCCAAGCCGGCCGGUGGCGGCGGCGGCGGCGGCGGCGGCAGGGGCGGCUCCUCCUCGCUGACCUCAUCCUCGUCCUCAUCGUCGCCGAACGGCGGCUCUGAAAUGGAGGCUUUUCUUCCAAAGACGCUGCCGCCCGGCGAGCCUCCACAGGCCAGCUGACUGCCUGGCUCAGGAGGAGGAGGAGGAGGAGGAGGAGGAGGAGCAGGGAGCCUCACCCAGCCUCACUGACUGACUGUCUCCUCUCCUCUGUUGUGUGUUGGGUUGUUGGUUGGUCGCCGCGCGUCAUCGUGCCCUCCUUGCCUUAAAACUUUCUUUUUGUUUUUUUCUAAAUGAAGAGAAAAAAAAAAGCCUUAUAAUGAAAACACAGAUGAUUUAUUUCCUGUUCCUGUUGUUUUUCCUGCUGGAGGAGAAGCUGCGGCUCGGUGGAAAGUGUUAGACGGAGGACGAGUGAGAGACGUUUCCCCUCGGCUCCCAGCGUCAGUCUGAGCUCAGAGCCUCACUGCCUCAUCCUGCUUCAUCCCCUCACUCUGUCUCUCCUGGAAAACAGCACCGAGACGCUGACCUUUCCCACUGGCACCUGAACGCAGCAUCACAGUUCUGGCGUGAAGGGUAAAGGGUCAUGCCACAAAAAAAUUACCUGACAAUUUGUUUGAUAAUUUACCAAAAAAAAACUACAAAAGUAGUAAAACAUCACCUGAAAUUUAGUAAAAUAAAAAAAAUAUUAAAAAGUACACUAUUUAUUAAUACCGUUAAUUAUGAUUUAUUAUAUAUUUAAAGAAAUUUAAAAAAUAUUCCAAGAUGGAGUCUGUAAAUCAGAGCUGCUGUAAGGAACCAGGCUAAUGAUUCCCAUAGACUUCAAGUCUUCAUGCUAAGCUAACAGGAAAUGCUAGCCAUAGGACCUGAGCCUCCGGACGUCCAGAGGUGGAGACGGUGUCCAACAUCUGGUCUCAGUCUGGGGACGAGGGGAAAAGGGAGAUUACACACAUUUAAAUUCUAAAUUCUUGUUUAUUAAUAGAGAAAAAUUAAAUUAAACAAAAUACAGAAUCAUCAAAAUCGAGAGAAAUCUGUCUAACAGACUGACGGGCUGAUUUCCCCCAAACCUGAUUCAUGCAGGCGAUUUUUUUUUUAUGGAUUAUUGAUUAUGGAUUAAUUGAUCAGCUCAGUGAGCAGCAGGGCAGCAGAGUGGAAACGUCUCACGUUGGCUUCAUGAUCGGCUCGGGAAAGUGUGUUUACUGCUGAGGCUUUGUGUGUGUGUGUGUGUGUGUGUGUGUGUGGCUCGUCUGACACGUGAUGCUGUAAGGUUAUCAGCUCUUCGUCCUCCUCUUCCUCAGCAGUGUAAAUAUUGUCCAAAAAAAAGCUUCCUCGGAGCGAUUCUGGUCUUCGUGGAUCAUUUGGUCUGAGACGUUUACAGAGAGAAGCCAAACGUUCCUGUUUUUACUGAAACCUUAACUCUCUGCUGAUGAACUAAUUAAUGACCUGAUUAGUUCAUUAAUAGUCUCAGCACUGGUCUGAGAUCAGAUCUGCAGCUUCUCUCGCUGACGGCCGGCUGGCGAAACAGCUUUCAUCAAAUCUUUCGUUUUGUGCCCUGAACGCAUCGCUCUGGCAGCUGCGGCUCCUUUCAGUCACAAAUCUCUGAAUGUCCUGGACUGUGAUUUUCCUCACGAGAGCGCGAACGCUGCAGCAGCCAGAAGUCUGUUUCUUAAUUUUUUAAUUUUUAAUUUUUUUUUAAAAAGGGAGGAAGUGGAGCGCUUCAGACAGUGAGAGUCUUAUUGCGGUUCUGUUAAACCCAUUUAAAAUAAAGGAACAAUUCACCCAAACACUAAACACAUAUACACACAUUUUAGGGUGAAUUGUGCCUUUAAUCGUGCGGGAACAGGAAGUGCAGGAGCUGUGGAGAGGAAGUGAUGUAAGCGAGCGACGCGGUGCCUUCCUGUCGUGUCUGCACAAGCCAUACGCUGUUUGUUUGUUUGUUUGUUUGUUUGUUUACUGUUGUGGUCAGUCAGUUGGUGCACAGAGACUCCGCCCCCAACUCUCUCCCUGUUUACUGGACCAGCUGCUGUGUCUCACACACACACACACACACACACACACACACACACACACACACACACACUGUGUUGGUGUAUAGUCCAGGCUGGACUUCCUGUUCUGUCUCUUCUUCGGUGGUGUUCACAUUCAGUUCACAUUUCAUUCUGUGGUCCUCCUACCCAGAAUGCCUUGCAGUUUGGGUUGGCAUCUCUUGUUAGAGGAUGGAGACGUUUUCAGGUCCUGGUGGCGGUGUGUGUGUGUGUGUGUGUGUGUGUGUGUGUUUGUGUGUGUGUGUGUGAGACAGCAGCUGAGGACACUGCUCGUUAAGCAGAGCACCUUUUAAAAAAAAAAAGAUUAUAUGAAUGAUUAAUGAUUAUAUUGUCAUGUUGGUUGUGACACCAAAUCGCUCCUGCAGAGGGCGCUCUGCUCAGGAGACAUGAAUGUCUCUGUGUGUGUGUGUGUGUGUGUGUGUGUGUGUGUGUGUGUGUGUGUGAAGCAGCUCGGUGAAGGGUCGUGUCGGAGGGUCUUCAGCAGAGCUGCUGUUCUCUGUUCUCUGGUUUAUCGUCUGUUUCACUUCGGGAGGAAGAUUUUUACAU